AUGCGUCGUCCUCCUCCCAUUUGGAAAGCAAAACAGGUUGUCUAUUCUAUUCCCAUAAAAAUCGAAGCUGAGCAAGUCAUGAAGGUGUUGGUUAUCGCAGUGCUAUUGGCCUGCUGGGCAUCCGCGGUGGAACCACAACAACCCCCCAUUUAUAAGGUGAGAUUCACCGCCACGGACGCCACCAAAAGCACGUACGAUGUGUUUAUGAACGGUCUGAGAAGCGCACUGACAGUCGAUGCGAGUUCGGUGCAAGGGAUACCGGUGUUGCCUUCCACCAACGAUCUGAAACCUAAUGAUCUCCACCGGUACGUUGUGGUCGAACUCUUCACUAACAACAAGGGAAAAAACAACAAAAACGUGUCGUUAGUUAUUGAUGUCACCAAUGUGUACAUCUUGGGUUACCGACCGGGAGACGGAGCAGCGUCCUACUUCUUUAACACUGUUCCCGUGGCCGUACAAAAUCUGUUCUUCCAAGGCACUACAAGAACCGAUCUUAAAUUCGAUGGCAGCUAUGAUACCCUCCAGGGUAAAGCUGGAGAAGACAGAGAUCAAAUCCCACUGGGAUUUGCCGAGCUACGCCAAAAGAUUGAGAACUUGAACCAUUACACGCCAAAAGCCGACAUUAAAAAGGUGGCGUCAAGCCUUCUAGUUUGUCUCCAGAUGAUUUCUGAGGCGGCCCGGUAUAAAGUCAUCCAGCAGCAAAUAGCUGCACUGGCACCGGCUGUUGCCGGUGGGGCUGAUAAAAGUUUAAAACCAGAUGGUUUAAUGAAGGGGUAUCAAACCAACUGGGGACAGCUCUCCACCGCCGUCCAAUCUGCAAAGCCGGAUGGAAGUUUUGUGAAAAGUGUCACCGUUGCUCACCUUACUUACAGUAAUGUGGCUGCUGUGCGUCCCGUUAUUGCGGUACUGCUAAAAGAUUCUCCGACCGCAUAUCAUGCUGCCGCCCUUCUCGAUCGGUUUAUCGACCAAGCACUUACUCAGAUUUAG